AUGUCUUAUAAAGUGUGUAAUGCAAUUAAUACGAUCGAUAAAAUUUUUGAUGAUGAUCCGAACAGCACGGGAAAAGGUAUUUAUGAGGGUUAUUUAAGUACGUAUUGCCCUGAUGGUAACUGUAGUAGUGAUGAAGAAAAGAUUAACUCUGGUUUUAUAAUGUUACUAAAUAUGCUUGAUGAUGAAACUAUAGAUGGUGAUAUACUUGCUGAAUACGCUAUUUUAUGGUUAAGUUAUAGACUAAAUCAAAAAACAGAAAGAGAAAUCACCACAUUAAACAAUUUUUAUACUUUCUAUAUAGAAUCAAAUAGUCAAUAUGAUGAUAAUAUAUCUACUGAUAAUAAGAUUAAAAAGGAUGUUAUAGAAAAAAAAAUGAAAUCGAUGAAUAUAGAUAUUAAAGAUAUAUCUAAUUUUUAUGAUGCAUUUAAAUCAUUAUGUAACAUGUAUAGUGAAUUUGAUCCAGCACAAAGUACUGAAUGCAAGACAUGUUUAGAAACUGCUGGAGAAUUGGUUGAAAAAUAUGAACAACUUAAAAAUGCUUUAGAUAUUAAUAAAGGAAGUUCUUAUUAUAAACUAUUGUCUAGUUUAUCAAACGAUUAUAAAAUUUAUGAAAACAUAUAUAAUAUUAAAUGUAAUGACUCACAAUUUGUAGCUUGUCCACGAAGUUCAAUAACAAAAAAUACACUAAUUACAAUUGCAAUUAUAUUUGUUGCAGCAUCAAUUUUAUUGGGAGUUUCUUAUAAGUAUUCGUUAUUUGGAUUUCGGAAACGAUCUCAAAAACAACAUUUAAGAGAAAAGCUAAAAAAAUAA